UACAAACCGUACCAAUCUCCACCUCUGAUGAAAUCGAGCUUACCCCAAGUGACCUUCCCCAUGCAUCACCACUAUUAUUAUAUUCUGCUUUUAUCAUUUCUGAUUUCUACUUUUCAAACAAUGACCUCGGUAUAGAAAGUCUCAUGCUCUCUAAAAAACUUUACAAUAGCAUUACUAGAAAUAAAAAUAUAGAAUCAGAAGUAAUUAUUUCUUACUUUAACCAAAAUGGUCAUUACGAUGCACUGAAAAACAACCUGAAAAAACCCGUUCUUUUUAUAAUUAGAAGAUUGAAAGUUGGUACUAAAAAAAUGCUUCAUCUCAUAGCUUCUGACAUUGAAUGGAACUAUACCAGCAAUGAACAAUCCUCUGAGACCUCAAAUAAAGAAAAAAGAAAAGCUCAAAAUGAUAUCAAUAAUCACCUUGAUACCAUUAAAGAAAAAUACGCUAAACUAAGCAUUUCUCCUUCAAGAAAAAGAAAACAAUCAAAUUUAUUAACUACCUCUUUUUCUUUCAAAACCCAAAAAGCUUCUCCUGAAACCAAAUCUAAUUUCUUAAAUACUGUAUCUCAAAUUAAAAAUACUGAUCCA